CCUGGACACCCAAAGUGGAGGCCUGGGGUUGGGCGAUUAACAGGCUGUGGCUAAAGAAGAGGGGGGAGGGGCGGUCGCUCCGGCGAAUUGAUUACACUUUCUUAUUCCUUUGGGAUUGGUUGGUCUGAACGUGGGGUCGGGGCAGCUGGCUUGAGCCUAGUCCCUUGUGGAGGUGGAAAGUAGCCUCCUUUGGAAAGCAGCUGAAGUUGCACAAGACGUGCGAUACGGGAGCUCUCCCCCGUUGCCAGCCGAAUGGUGUGGCCCUGAACUGGUUCGGGAGCCGGCCGUACGUGUUUGAGGGAGGCCCCGGAGGGGGCGGGGAGGUGGCCCGCAGAACGCGGGUUCUGUGAAGAUACGUGGAGAAGAUUCGACUCCGAGAAGAGGAAGAGCCAGAUUGAAAGUAAACGAGGGCGCCGAGGGGGUGGGGGCUGCCAAAAUGGCGACGGCCUCCUGUGGGCCGUCGACGGUCGGGUUUUCAUCUGAUUCCGGGGUUCCUCCCUGCACCACGUCCUCAGCAUCUGGAAUCAAGAGACCUGUGGCAUCUGAGGUGUCUAAUGCCUCUGGCAUGCCCAUCAAGAAAAUAGGCCACCGAAGUGUUGAUUCCUCAGGAGAGACAACAUAUAAAAAGACAACCUCAUCGGCUUUGAAAGGUGCCAUCCAAUUAGGCAUCACUCACACUGUGGGGAGCCUGAGUACCAAACCAGAACGGGAUGUCCUCAUGCAAGACUUCUACGUUGUGGAGAGUAUAUUCUUCCCCAGCGAAGGGAGCAACCUGACCCCUGCUCAUCACUACAGUGACUUUCGUUUCAAGACCUAUGCACCUGUUGCCUUUCGCUAUUUUCGGGAGUUAUUUGGAAUCCGACCUGAUGAUUACUUGUACUCUCUCUGCAGUGAGCCGCUGAUUGAACUUUGCAGCUCUGGGGCGAGUGGCUCCCUCUUCUACGUGUCCAGUGAUGACGAAUUCAUCAUUAAGACAGUCCAGCAUAAAGAGGCGGAGUUUCUGCAGAAGCUACUUCCAGGAUACUAUAUGAACCUCAACCAGAAUCCUCGGACUUUGUUGCCUAAAUUUUAUGGGCUGUACUGUGUGCAGGCAGGUGGUAAGAACAUUCGAAUCGUAGUGAUGAACAAUCUCUUACCACGAUCAGUUAAAAUGCAUGUCAAAUAUGACCUCAAGGGCUCAACCUACAAACGACGGGCUUCCCAAAAAGAGCGAGAGAAGCAUCUUCCCACAUUUAAAGACCUGGACUUCUUACAAGACAUCCCUGAUGGUCUUUUCUUGGAUGCCGACAUGUACAAUGCUCUAUGUAAGACGCUGCAGCGUGACUGUUUGGUGCUGCAGAGCUUCAAGAUAAUGGAUUAUAGCCUUUUGAUGUCAAUCCACAACAUAGAUCAUGCACAACGAGAACCCUUAGGCAAUGAAGCACAAUACUCAGUUGACAGUCGGAGACCAGCCCCUCAAAAGGCUCUCUAUUCCACAGCCAUGGAAUCCAUCCAAGGGGAGGCUCGGCGGGGUGGCACUAUGGAGACCGAUGACCAUAUGGGUGGCAUCCCUGCCCGGAAUAUUAAAGGGGAAAGGCUGCUGCUUUAUAUUGGCAUUAUUGACAUUCUGCAGUCUUACAGGUUUAUUAAGAAGUUGGAACACUCAUGGAAAGCUCUGGUACAUGAUGGAGGUCUCGGCCUAAGGGAAAAUGUCCCUUGGACAGGAGGUCCCUUUGCUGGACCUCAUCCUAACUCUGCAGCCAUCCCUUCUGCUCUGCAGGACACCGUAUCGGUGCAUCGCCCAGGCUUCUACGCUGAACGGUUCCAGCGCUUCAUGUGUAGCACAGUGUUCAAGAAGAUCCCCUUGAAGCCCUCUCCUUCCAAAAAGUUUCGGUCUGGCUCAUCUUUCUCUCGGCGGGCAGGCCCCAGCAGCAACGCCUACGUUGGCCAGCCAUCGGUCUCUGGGGAACACAAGGCACAAGUGACAACAAAGGCGGAAGUGGAGCCAGGUGUCCACCUUGGUCGCCCUGAUGUUUUACCUCAGACUCCACCUAUUGAGGAAAUUAGUGAGGACUCACUCACUUCUGAUCCCAGCUUCACACCUGUAGUUGGAGAGACUUUGCAAAUACUAAGUACAAGUGAGCAGAACACCUCAGAAGACCUGGAACAAGAUUCUGCCAUCUCUGUGAUCUCAAGACAUCAGUCUUUGACCCAGCAAUGCUGAAUGUCCUUCUUACUCAUCAGAAAAGGAGUGUAAUGGAGGCUAGGGAAGCUCUCUGUCUCCUUCCUGAAGAAGACCCUCUUCUCCUUUCCCAUCCUCAUGAAUGGGCAUUUGUGCCUCAGACAGGACAGCAGCAUCCCCUCCAUGUCAGAGUUGGGUGGCAUGACUUUUCAGCUGGUGAGCCUUGGCUUCCACCAUUGAGUUUUUUCAAACCUCUACUCUCCAUGCUGAAGUCGGGUUGCUGGACUUGGUGGUUUUCUCCCCCCUCAUCUACCUUGAACAGGAGCUGGACUCGCUUCCCUCAGGACAUACUUGCUGGCACAGUAUCCCUGCCUAAGCUCUUUCUCUCCAGUCCCUGGAAGAAGACCCCGUAACUUCUGUAAAGGUUUUUCAGGGAGUAAGUGUAUUUAACCACCUGCCAACCUUCUUCUUUUUUUUUUCUUUUCCUUUAAAAAAGGAAAAGAAACAGUGCACAGCACACAAUUUCAAGUCAGACAAUUUCACAUCAAACCUUCAGAAGUGGUGGAGAGGUGCCUAUUCAUAGGUUUCCCUCAGAAGAGCCCUGGUGUUCAUGAAGCAGAAGUGUGGUGAUUGCUCUGCCAGGAGCAGCUCCUUUUUAAUUCCUCCUCUCUUGAUGAAUUUCUUAAGGCUGAAGGAAUAGAGAGAGCGGGACAUUGGGUAAUCCUUACCCUUUUGUUGAAAAAAAAAAAAGGGCAACCAUGGGGCUUAAAACAGAGCCCCUCCUAGACAGGACCCUCCUUCCUGCCAGGCCAUAAUGAUUAUUACUGUUUUGCAAUUUGAUACGUAUUUUGGUUGUUUUUCUAAAUAUGAAGGCUUAUCAAAUGGAUCCUCCAAAGGAGAUUUCCUCUUUGUUCUUCUUACCUUUCCCAAUGGUGUUUUGCUGUUUGUAGUGACUAUUUAACAGGCAGUCCAUAUCUGUGAGGCUAGAGAAUAUUCUCUUAAACUCAUGAGGAGCCAGCAGAUAUUUGCCUUGGUGAAGUCAUUGCUGUACCACAUGCCCUUCCUCUCUUUCUAUGCAGAGAAGUGGGAAAUAGAGGCAACCUAAGCCCUCUUCUCCAAGGACUGUGGUUCUCAAUCUCAUCUUUCCACUCUUGUCAGGGAGAGAAGAGGGCCUGGUGUCUCGGGCAUAUUGUUGAAUUUCCAUACUUUGCCCUCUCCGUCCCACCCUACCUUAAUAGUAGGUUAGUCCAUACCCCAAGUAACUGUCUAUAUUAGACACCCCAAGCCAGUUUUUGGCUGCCUGUCUUUGCUGCCAUGUUCUUUUUUACAAGAAUGAAAGAAACAGUUCUUGCUAUUUUUUUUUUUCAUAAUUUACUAUUUAUGAUGUAUUUAAGUGUUUUAUUCAGGACAGAGUUCUGGGGGGUGGUAUUUGAGGGAGGGCUGGGUCUUAGCAAAGAGAAUGAGGAAUUAGCAUUUUUAUGAAGUGUCACUAUUUGCCUCUACUUUGUAUUGUUCAGAAGUGGCAAAUGCAGUACAAAAGUGAAAAAUAUCUGGAUUUAAUGUAUUAAACUUUUAUCGGUUAUUUAGA